GGAGCAUGUUUUAGCUGAAGUGAGUGACACAUCCCUGCCCGUCAGCCUGAGCAGCAGCUGGGUCCGCAGGCAACGGGUGGAUAGGCCACCCUUCCCCAGGGCUUCAGAAUGGACUUGUGCCACCCAGACCCAGGGGAGCUGAGCAGCAGCGAGGCCGAGGAGCUGCAGCAGAUCAAAUGGCACCGGAAGCAGCUUCUGGAGGACAUCCAGAAGCUGAAGGAUGAGAUCGCAGAUGUGUUUGCCCAAAUCGACUGCUUUGAAAUUGCAGAGGAGAGCCGGAUGGCCCAGAAGGAGAAGGAGCUAUGCAUUGGGCGCAAGAAAUUCAACAUGGAUCCCGUGAAGGGCAUCCAGUAUCUCACUGAGCAUAAGCUGCUGAGCGCUGACGUCCAGGACAUCGCCCAGUUCCUGUACAAGGGUGAGGGCCUCAACAAGACAGCCAUCGGCAGCUACCUGGGGGAGAGGGAUCCCACCAAUCUGAAAGUCCUCCAGGCCUUUGUGGACUGCCACGAGUUUGCCAACCUCAACCUCGUCCAGGCCCUCAGACAGUUCCUCUGGAGCUUCCGGCUGCCAGGAGAGGCCCAGAAGAUCGACCGGAUGAUGGAGACCUUUGCCUCCCGCUACUGCCUCUGCAACCCCGGUGUCUUCCAGUCCACAGACACCUGCUACGUCCUGUCCUUCUCCAUCAUCAUGCUCAACACCAGCCUCCACAACCCCAAUGUCCGUGACAGGCCGCCCUUCGAGCGCUUUGUGUCCAUGAACCGGGGCAUCAAUGGCGGCAGCGACCUGCCGGAGGAGCAGCUGCGGAACCUCUUCGACAGCAUCAAGAGUGAGCCCUUCUCCAUCCCUGAGGACGACGGCAAUGACCUCACUCACACCUUCUUCAACCCCGACCUCGAGGGCUGGCUGCUCAAGCUGGGGGGUCGCGUGAAGACAUGGAAGCGGCGCUGGUUCAUCCUGACUGACAGCUGCCUCUACUACUUCGAGUUCACCACGGACAAGGAGCCACGGGGAAUCAUACCCCUGGAGAACCUCUCAGUGCAGAAGGUGGAUGACCCCAAGAAGCCAUUUUGCCUGGAGCUCUACAACCCCAGCUGCAGGGGCCAGAAGAUAAAGGCCUGCAAGACAGACGGCGAUGGCAAGGUGGUGGAGGGCAAGCAUGAGUCUUACCGGAUCUCAGCCCCCAGUGCUGAGGAGCGGGACCAGUGGAUUGAGGCCAUACGAGCCAGCAUCACCCGAGUCCCCUUCUAUGACCUGGUCUCUGCUCGGAAGAAGAAGAUUGCCAGCAAGCAGCGGAAGACCCUGGAACCAGCAGGGAGUCUGCAGCAGAAGGGAGGAUUAACUCCAUGACCUUUACAGUCCCUUUGAUCCUUUGAAGCUAAAGCUUAACUCUCUUCUCUUCCUGCCUCCUCCAAGGGAUUUUCACUUAAUGACUGAGAGCCCAGAGAGGACCUGCUUUGACCCAAAGAAAUUAUUUUUUGAAUAAAAAGUCCCCUAUUAAAAAAUAAUAAAACAUGCUCAUUAUAGAACACAGGAAGAUGCAAUGAUCAAGAAGAGAAAAACUCAGAUCAAGAAUUCCUCCACCGACAUUCUAAAAUUUUGGAUUUCCAGCACACCUGUAUGCUGUAUGUGUAACACCUCUGCCAUGCUGCUGCAUAUACAAGUUGGGAACAUAUAUCUUCCUUAACAAUAGGAAUUGAUAUUUCCCCAUGUGCACCAGUCAGGACAAACUAGGUUAUGCUGUGGUAACAAAUAACCCCAAAAUCUCAGUGACUUCACACCAAGAGUUUAUGCCUUGCUCACACCUGUGUGCUCAGUGGAAGGCUGGACAGAGUUCUCUGCUUAUCAGUCAGUCACUCAGGGACCCAGGCUGAGCAGGCGCCAUCCUGACACAGGCCACCAGGAGUGUUGUCUGGAUGGGACACAUCACUCCUACUCACAUUUCAUUGACCAGAGCAAGUCACAUGGCCCUAACUUCUAGGGGCAGGAAAGUACCAUCCUGUCACCUGCCCAUCAGAACGGAGAACAGAAAUACUUGGACUGCAGCAUUUAUGCCAGUUACAUCUAGGUUGACCAAUCAUCCUCAUUUGUUAGGACCAAGGGGCUUCCUGGAUUGCAGGACUGUCACACGCAAACCUGAGAAUAUCCUGGGCAAACAGAACAAGCUGUUUCCCAGUUACAUAUUCUUCACAAACACACUCCUCUAUGACUGUACAACAGACUAUCUAGUUGCCAAGUCAUGGUUUUUCUCUUUAAUCCCUUGUUCUUAGAAACUUAGAUUGUUCCCAGUUUUAUGUGUUUAUAAAUGCAUAGUCUAAAACAUCCUCGUGAAUAAAACCUUGUCCAUAUGGCUCGUCAGAAGUGCAAUUACUGGGCAUUUUUCCAGUGCAGAAUACCUGCUACCUGUUCAUAUUUCAAAAGCCUGGACCAACAUGACUCGCCUUCUAGGGCAUGAGCAAACGCCCACUUCUGAGCACUCACCUAGAGCCUAGAGCAGUAGCUCUCAAAUCCUAGAUCCGAAUCACCCAGAGAGCUUGUUAAAAUACAGAUUGCUGGGCCCCACCUGCAGAAUUUCUGAUUCAGUAGGUCUGAGGUGAAGCCUAAUCAUUUGCAUUUCUAACAAGUUUCCAGGCAAUGCAGAUACUCCUGGUCUGGGAUCACAUUUUGUGAACCACUGGCCUAGUGGUUAAACGGCCCCUGCUUUGUAACCUGACAGGUGAUUCUGCUCAGCUGCUCAACACUGUGUAACCCUGGCCAGAUUACAUAAUUAACCCCUGUAGCCUCAGUUUCCUCAUCUGUGAAUUGGAGCCAUUGUGAAGAUUAAUGCAGCAAACAUUUCUAGAGCUCUGAAAAGCAUGUCACAAGUGUUUAGUUAAAGAUAGCUUUAGUUACUCAGCAGUAGAUUAAAUAACUUUGUGUUUUAAAAUAUUUGUUAAUUUGAAUGGAAAUGCAUUUAUUUAAGUUUUCAUGCCUUUCAUGCCUCUGAGUGGGAAUUAA